CUUCGUACGGCUUUUUGAAAAAGCAGCUUUUUUGAAAAUCUCCAAGCUAAGAUUCAUUACUGAAUGUUAGAGUAUCCCAUACUCUACGCAUGAUUAGUUGGACAUAUGCAGUAUACACGGCUCCAUUACACUUAUCUGCACAUACAUUGUACCUAGUUAAUAUUAUUCAUAUUUAUCCUCAUGUAUACGGUUAUUAGUUACCGAACUAUACGGAUCACAAUUGUUGUAACCUAUUGUAAGCAUGGCUAUUUAAAGCCAACGUGAAUACAGAUUUGACACGGUGAAUUUACACCAUCUAACUUGGUAUCAGAGCCCAAGCGAUCCCCUCUUCCUCCCAUCACCAUGUCUUCCCCUUCCAAAUCUCAUUUUCACCCAGCUCUUGCCGUCACUAAUAUCAAGAACCUUAUUCCAAUUACCCUAGAUAGUGAACACGCCCAGUACUCUACAUGGUCUGAGCUGUUCAAAAUCACAGCACGUGCAUAUCAGGUCAUUGAUCACAUCCUCCCACCCUCUGUUGAUACUCCAUCCGCAGCAUCAUCUUCAACCUCCGACUCCUCUGCUUCUGCCGACGACCCAGCACUGUGGACUCGCCUCGAUGCCAAUGUCCUUCAAUGGAUAUACGGGUCAAUCUCAAACGACUUGCUGCACACCAUCAUUCAACCAAACUCUACGGCUAAGGCGGCAUGGGACCGUCUUACGGACAUCUUCCUCGACAACAAACACACCCGGGCGAUCCACCUUGAAAACCAGUUCUCCAAUACUCGACUGGAUCAAUUCUCGUCCAUUGAUGCUUACUGUCGGACCCUGAAAACUCUCUCCGAUGAUCUGGCUAAUGUAGGUGCUCCGGUGGAUAACCGGCGUCUAGUGCUGCGCCUAGUCAACGGUCUCAACGGCCAAUUUGAAUCUGUGGCGUCAUUUAUUCAACAACAGGUUCCAUUACCGUCCUUUUUCACUGCCCGCUCCAUGCUCACUCUGGACGAAUCUCGCCGGGCCCAACAUGUUGAUACCCCCACCACUGCAUUAGUUGCGACUCCGGCGGCCCCGACUGCUUCCACAGUCACCCCAGCUCCGUCGUACAGUUCUCGCCCUCGGGGUGGUGGCCGCUCUGGCCGCACUCGAGGUGGCGGCGGCCGUGGACGUGGUCGCUCUUCCAAUGGUUCUUCCCCUAUACCGUCACCUCCUCAGCCUUGGUCACCUGGGUCUCCUCUUCCUUGGUUCCAGUCUCCUUGGAAUCCUUGGAUGUCCUGGCAGAUGCCUCCGUGCCCAUACCCUACGGCACCGGGUUUCUCUCCAGCACCUCGCAACCCAUCGGCCGGAAUCCUUGGACCUCGUCCACAACAUGCUCACAUGGCUACCCCAGAAUACUCUUUUGGCAGUACCUCUCUUCCUUCGGCCAUGCAGACUCUCACGUUAAAUCCACCGGAUGAUGGUUGGUAUAUGGAUACCGGCGCAACCACACACAUGACGUCGGAUGCAGGACCUUCGAACCCGAGCUCCUCUAAUGCGAUGUAACAGUCAAGGCGGCUUGUACCCUCUUUGUGUGUCUCCUGUCAAGUCUCCCACUCAUCAUGCAUACAGUGCAGUUGCUUCCGACGUGUGGCACAACCGUUUGGGGCACCCUGGAUCUCAUAUUUUUCAGUCUCUUAGAACAAAUAAAUUACUCUCAUGUAAUAAUACCUCUAGUCACAAUUUAUGUCAUUCUUGUCAGUUAGGCAAACAAAUAAAGUUACCAUUUAGUUCUUCUUUGUCGUACACCACGGCUCCUUUUGACAUCAUACACAGUGACGUCUGGACUUCCCCUAUCGUAAGUUCCACAGGUCACCGAUAUUAUGUAUUGU